CCAAGCUAUGACCAUUAGGGUUGGAGGCGGCGCGGCGGCGCCAGGCUACCAGCCGCCGGAGUUCGCCACGCACGUUGCCUGACCCGAUGGAGAUCUAGGUCGUCGACGUGUGGAGAUCUAGGCCCUCGCUCCUACUGCCUAGGACGCUGGAGAUCCAGGCCACCGCCCCUUCCGUCCGAAACACCAAAGCUCCCAAGCCCCUUCCGUCCACUACUACGCCACCUCUUCGUCUCCGAUCUUCCAGUGUGCAAGGUGAAGUUGCAUUCCUCUCUCCCUCUAAUCUGUAGUCGAUCGAGACGAGGACGCAAGUGUUUUUCUUUCGGCUCUAGCUCCUGCAGUGUCUAUUGGUUUCUUGAUUUGAAAAUCAUUUUUAAGAAAAUCCUUGCACAUGAGUAUAGUAGCUGUGAAAAUCCAAAGCUCACACGUCUAGCCCAGCAGCACCGUUUCUAGAAAUGUUCUACACGAAAAAUUAAAUAAAAUCACAAGUCGAGAAGCUCAUCAUCAAUCUAUGCUUGCUGGUUUAUACCUGUUGUUUUCCAUGAUAGAAGAGCUAGCACUUCGAUUUAUCUUUUCUUUAUUAUUCAUGGUUGUGGCAAUUACAACACCAUGAAGGAGGAUAAUGCGUACUAGUGCGAUGAAAAUGUUAAGAUAGCUUGUGAAAUAUUUGCUGAGGAAGUAAGAGCAAAGAACAAAUCAGGUUCUCAUUUAAACAAGCUUGGGUACAACAAUGUAAUGCUCAAGUUCAAAGAGAGGACAGGGAAAACUUACAACAAGCUACAGUUCAAAAAUAAAUGGGACAAGCUGAAAAAAGAUUAUAGUAAUUGGAAACAAUUGGGAAAAGAUACAGGAUGUGGUUGGGACCCUAACAAGAAGUUGUAUGUUGCUCCAGAUUGGUGGUGGAAGAAGGCAAACAUAGCAUUAGCAAGUUUAAAGACAAGUCACUCCAAAAUGCAAAAGAAUUGAGUGUCAUGUUUGAAGAUCUUCGGAACACCGGUGAUGAUCAUUGGGCCCAACCAGUGGUGAGCUACCCUAAGACACUGAAGCACAAAUACAAGAUGCCAUCAACAUUGAAGAUGAAAAUGCUAGUGAUUGUGGGGAAGACACACCAUCUAGUUCCACAUCCAAGAGACGUUGUGUGGUUGUGACAGAUAAAGGUAAAAAACCAAAGACUACGGGAGGACAAUGGAUGCAAGACCAGAUGUCUAAACUUGUUGAAUUGAAUAAACAGACAACAACAUCUUGUGAGUUUAUGGUCCUGGCAAGAACACAAGAGACACCUGACUCUUCCAUAAAAGAUGUUAUGCAAUUGGUGAAGGCAUGUGGUGCUAUAGCUGGCAGCAAAGAUCACUUCAUUGCAACUCAAGUCUUUACCAAAAAUAGUGAAAGAGAAAUGUUCUUGACUUCGGAUACACCCGAGGAGCGCUUUCAGUGGUUAUCAAUGAAGUAUGAAUGGAUGACAAUGAACAAGAAGGGCUAGUUAGAGCUACUUUGUUAUGCAUUUAUCAUGUCGUUUGUUGUUUUUACCUUACCAAUCUUAUCUGUUAUUUCCUCAUUUGUAUUAACUGAUCAGACCAUUGCUAUGGGCUGCUAGUAUUUGUUUAUGAAAAUUAUGGUACUUGUGAUGCUAUUUUAUAAUAUUGGGAAAUUGUCAU